AUGGCGAUCGAACAACUUCCAAUUCGCCUUGUGGUGAACGAGCGAGAGUAUGAGCUGCUGCGCAAAUUGCUGUCGAGACAAUCGUCGGGAGCACAGGGCGUCCGAGAAGGCGAAAAGCAGGUGAACAGCUCAAGAUCAGUCACUUUCCACGAUGAUCAUAGAGCAGCUGCUUUCCGCUCUGCGUCGCGGGUAUUUAUGGUCACAUAUGGCUCUCUUAAACUCAUCGGGGCGCUCCUGGACCGCCUUUCAGCACGCAAGUCUCCAACCGCAACCGGGUCGAGAAAGCCCCUCGUAGCAUCGCACUCGAGGAUGGCCCUGUCACUGUCGUCGCUCCUGUUCUUUCAUGCCACGCUCUACCGAAUUUUCUCCCGACUGAGGCUCCAACUGCUUCAUGAGCAGGUGCGAGAUAUCCGAGAACGGUAUCCACGGAUCUACGCAACGCUUACCUCUCGUGUCGCGCCGGCACUUGGAGCCAGUCUCUCGGGCUUUGCUUUGGGCAUCUGUCCCGCAGAUCAGCUACGGAUCACACUAGCAAUCUACGUCGGCUGUCGAGCCCUCGAACUGGGAUAUGCCGCCAUCGAGCACACGCCAUUGGUCAAGAACAAGCCGUCGUGGCUGGGGAGUUGGGUGUUGUUUGCUCUGGCGCAGGGCCAAUUGUUCCACGCGUUUGUGUUCGACCGCGACUGCUUCCCUGAGGCGUAUGGGUCGUUCAUCCUUGGAUAUACCCCCGAGUAUAUUCAGCCUCGACCAACCAGCCUCUCAUCGAAGGUUGUGUGGCCGACACCGAGUAACAUUCUGGAUGCUCUCGCGCAGAUGGCACAGUUGAGGUGGCCGAACUUCGUUUCGCCCAUCUUGCAUCCAAAUGAACCACAGACGCUGCCUGCAGGGAUCGAUCCCAUCAUUUCACCCAUCACGUCACGGGCACACCCAGGCAUCCAGCAUUUGUCGUGUGCACUCAUACAUCCUUCGGACCCGUCAUGUUUCAUGGCAUAUAUACGGCACAUGUUGAUUUCUUUCCCUCAAUUGGCUAAGUUCUUUACGAAGUACUACGGAGCGUUGGCACUUCUGCGGCUCAGGAAGAUCAUAAAAGCACCACUAGCGUCGCUCAACGGGCUGUCUGAAGCCGUGUUGAGGUCUACGAUAGCUGUGUCUGGAUCGAUUGGUGCAGCUUGGGGAAGCAUCUGUUUGUUCCAGGCACUCUUCCCUCGCUCAUUUCUGCCCAAAUUCCGAUUCUUUUUGGGCGGAUCUCUGGGCGGCAUGUUCCAGGUGUUUGACCAAACGACAGCCGGCCAUGCAAACUCCUUGUAUGCCGCACGAACAAGUGUUGACUCGUUGUGGAAAGUGGGCGUCAAGCGUCGAUGGUGGAGAGGCAUCCGGGGAGGCGACGUGUGUGUGUUUGUGGCUGCUCUGGCACUAGUCAAUGUCGUAUAUGAUCUGGGCAAGGAGACGGCAGCGGGACAAGACCGGGCGAUGAUGUUGAUCAAGAUUCUCAGAGGAGAGGCAGAGCUGGGACUGCAACGCAAAACAAAGAAGGCCCCAAUGACGGAGGGAGGAAGUAAUGAUGAAAUAGGAUCCAAGUAG